CUUAGAGCAAAACAAGAUAAAGCUUUACAGCAUACAUGUGCUCAAACUACAACCAUCCAGAAGGAUGCGGCCCAUAUUGGCGAUGGUCCUAGUCCUAGGGCCCUUUCACAAUCAUCCGAGUCAUCUGCGUCAUCCUCGACUAGUGAUAACUCAGAUCUAGAUUCAACUGAGUCAGAGUUGUCAGCUCAAAGCGAAAAGGCGGAGUGUGAAAAAGAUAAUGAUGCCAAUAUACAUGAGGAUAUAGACGAAUCAGAUUAUUUGGAGCAGUCCGGCUUGACUUUCUUUGGUAAACCUGUGCCAGGAUAUACCGGAGAUUCGUCCCGUGAUCCUAAAAACAUCAAUAUGGCAGAUCUGCUGCAGUCUCUGGUAGAAAACUAUGGUGAGCAUCACAAUCCAUGUUUAUUUGGCUGCAUCCUACCUUAG